GUAGUUUUGGCAUGUUUAAUGACUGCUGUUACGCCAGAAGACUGGACUCGGGAGGUUUUAGGCAAGACAGGGAAACGAAGCCGGAAGGAGAAAGCGCACCGUUACUUAGGCCCCAGCUCCAGACUACCUUUCUUUCAUUGCUCGGGCAUAAGCGGCUGCUUCGGAUUGCGGGAUCAAGGCGUGCCCCGCCCCUCGAGAGAGUGGGCCCUCACUCAAGAUGGCGCCUAGAAGGCUUCAGCCCUGGUAGGCGCUGAUUGGAUAAAGGGCCGGCGGACUUCCGGGAAUUUUCCAGCCGUCUGUGGGACAGCUGAGAGGAGUUUGCACGUGGAUUGUAGUUCGGGUGGGCUAGAUGGAAACAGCCCCCAAACCGGGCAGGGAUGUCCCGCCCAAGAAGAACAGACUUCAGGCCAAGAAGAAGAAACCGCGGAGGUACUGGGAGGAAGAAACCACUCUGACCGCUGCGGGAGCCUCUCCAGGCCCCCCUGGUAACAAGAAGAGGAAUCGUGAGCUCCGCCCCCAGAGACCAAAGAACGCUAACAUCGCCAAGAAGUCUCGGAUCUCCAGGAAGCGUCAGCUCCCGAAGAAACCCCGAGAACGGAGAAAUCUUGAGCCUCAGCGGAGUGUGUCCGGGGCCCAGGAUCCAUUUCCAGGCCCUGCCCCUGUCCCUGUGGAGGUGGCUCGGAAGUUCCGUCGCAUUGACAAAUCCAAAAAGCUGCCACAUUCGAAGUCCAAAACCCGAAGCCGACUUGAGGUGGCUGAAGCUGAGGAAGAGGAAAUAAGUAUUAAAGCUGCUCGUUCUGAACUACUGCUUGCUGAGGAACCCGGGUUUCUGGAAGGGGAGGAUGGGGAGGACACAGCAAAGAUACGCCAGGCUGACAUUGUGGAGGCUGUGGAUAUUGCAAGUGCGGCCAAGCACUUUGACUUAAACUUGAGGCAAUUUGGACCCUACAGACUGAAUUACUCCCCAACUGGGAGACACCUGGCUUUUGGAGGGCGCCGGGGUCAUGUGGCCACCCUUGACUGGGUAACAAAGAGGCUCAUGUGUGAGAUCAACGUCAUGGAGGCAGUGCGGGACAUCCGGUUUCUCCAUUCGGAGGCACUGCUUGCUGUUGCUCAGAAUCGCUGGCUUCACAUCUAUGACAACCAGGGCAUCGAGCUCCACUGUAUCCGCCGCUGUGACCGAGUCACACGGCUGGAGUUCCUGCCUUUCCACUUCCUCCUGGCCACGGCUUCAGAGACGGGGUUUCUAACCUACCUGGACGUGUCAGUGGGAAAGAUCAUGGCAGCUCUGAAUGCUCGGGCUGGACGGUUGGACGUCAUGACUAAGAACCCUUACAAUGCCGUCAUCCAUCUCGGACACAGCAAUGGUACCGUGUCCUUAUGGAGUCCAGCCAUGAAGGAGCCACUGGCGAAGAUCCUCUGUCAUCGGGGUGGGGUCCGGGCUGUGGCUGUAGAUUCUACAGGCACGUACAUGGCCACCUCUGGCCUGGACCACCAGCUGAAGAUCUUUGACCUACGAGGGACAUUCCAGCCUCUGGGUGCUCGGACCCUGCCCCAGGGGGCAGGACACCUGGCCUUUUCCCAGCGGGGACUGCUGGCCGCAGGCAUGGGUGAUGUGGUCAACAUAUGGGCAGGGCAGGGCAAGGCCAGCCCACCCUCCCUGGAGCAGCCUUACCUCACUCACCGGCUCUCAGGCCACGUGCAUGGCCUUCAUUUCUGCCCCUUUGAAGAUGUGCUGGGGGUAGGGCACAAUGGCGGCAUCACCAGCAUGCUGGUCCCUGGGGCUGCUGAGCCCAACUUUGACGGCCUGGAGAGUAACCCUUACAGGAGCCAGAAGCAGCGCCAGGAGUGGGAGGUGAAGGCCCUGCUGGAGAAGGUACCUGCAGAGCUCAUUUGUCUGGAUCCACGAGCCCUGGCAGAGGUUGAUGUCAUCUCUUUGGAGCAAGAGAAGAAGGAGCGGAUAGAGAGGCUGGGCUAUGACCCCGAGGCCAAGGCUCCCUUCCAGCCAAAGCCAAAGCAGAAGGGCCGCAGCUCAACAGCAAGCCUGGUGAAGAGGAAGAGGAAGGUCAUGGAUGAGGAGCACCGGGAUAAAGUCCGGCAGAGCCUUGAGCAACAGCCACAGAAACAAGAGAAGAAGGCCAAGCCUCUGAGGGCCCGGCCAUCUGCCCUGGACAGAUUUGUGCGCUGAGCCAUGCUCCAGGGUGGCCUGAGAAGAACAAUCUCUCCCCACAAUUGCCUGUGGGGAAAUGACCCUGUUCCUUGGAAUAAGGAGGGGGCAGUGUGCCCCACCCCAACUGGGGAGGGACAGCUGGCUCCUGGGCUGGGUUGGUAUUAAAGAAGAUGGCUUUUUUUU